GUGCCUCCCCCCCCCCCUUCCCUCCUUCCCUCUCUCCUCCUCUCCAUCCCUCCUUCCUUCCUCUCCUCCCUCUUUCCCUCCUUCCCUCCUUCCUGCUUCUGGGAAGCCAGGGAGGGAGCGGCCGGAGAGGGUCCCGCCUGCCGGCCAUCGGGACUGGAAGAGAGAAAGAAAGAGAAAGAAAGAAAGAGAAGGAAAGAAAGAAAGAGAAGGAAAGAAAGGCCCCCUUUCCCCGGUCCAACUGGGACAGGUGCCUCGGAAGGGAGCCACAGGAUGGAGACGCAACCACGGGAGAUGGAACUUCUCAGCAACAGCAUUGCCGCCUAUGCGCAUAUCCGAGACCACCCAGAAAGCUUUGGCCUCUACUUCGUACUGGGCGUCUGUUUUGGUCUGGUCUUGACCCUUUGCCUGCUGGUCAUCCACAUCUCCUGGCAGCCCCAGGCCCUCCCUCCCAGGCCCAGGAAGAAGCAGCUGCAGGACUUAAGCGAGGAAGACGAUGAGGAAGACGAUGAGGAGGAGGAAGAGGAAGAGGAGGAGGACACCGUUGACGCUGAGUCGUCCCAACCGGUGCUAGCCUUGACGGAGCUUCCCUCAGAGCCUCAGGCAACCCCUCCAGACGGGAUGACCAUCAAUGUUUUCGCUUCUGCCGAGGAACUGGAAAGGGCUCAGCGGCUGGAGGAGCGGGAGCGGAUCCUGAGGGAGAUCUGGCGCAAUGGGCAGCCAGACAUCUUGGGCUCUGGCACUGGGACCCUUGGGAGGGUCCACUACUAUUGACCUCCAGUAGACAAAUGGAUGGGUGGGCUCGUGUCUGCACAGCAUCCCUCUCUUCGUUUUGGUUUUGGGGGGCGGUUUUGUACCCACGUCCCAAAUAUUGGCCAAAUAGCAACUCAAGGGUUGCUGAUUUUAUGAGAAGUCAAAGGCAAAGUGAUCGGUUUACAUAUUUGAAAGGCUGUCUUAAGGAAGAGGGAGUAGGCUUGUUUUCUGCUGCCCUGGAGACUAGGACUCAGUGGUGCCGGGGGUUCAAAUGACAGAGAAGGAGAUCCCACCUGAAAAUUAGAAAGAACUUCUUAGAUCUGUUCAACAGUGGAACUCUCUGCCUCAGUGUCCAUUGGGGGCUUCUUCCUUGGAGGCUUUUAAAAGAGGCUGGUGGUCAUCUUUUGGGGGUACUUUGAUUAUACUUUUCCUGCAUAGAAGAAGCAGGUUGGACUGGAUGGCCCUUGGGGUCUCUUUCAACUCUAGAAGCCUUUGAUUCUAUAGCCUUAUUUCUUCACAAACCUGCAAACAUCUACGUAUGAAGCUGGAUGGACCCCUUUUGGGAGGGCUUGGAUGGUGCUUUUCCUGCCUGGCAGAAAGGGGUUGGAGUGGUUGACCUCUUGGGGUCUCUUCCAACUCUAUUAUUCAAUGAUUCAGUUGUUCUACUUGCCACAAUAGACGCAAGCAGCAAAAGGCUCAACGAUAUUCAAACUCAUUAAGUGACCAGCACCAAGUUAAAACUCUCAAAGUGUUGUUAUUUUGCGGAGAAAGCAGAAAAGUUUGUUUGCAACAAUGGACACAAUGCUCAAGUGGCCAAAGGAUCCACAACAUUCAAACUCAUUAAGUGACCAGCACCCAGUUAAAACUCUUGGAGAGCGGGUAGCCAAUACUAAAGCGGUGCCAAGCGAUGCCUCAUCCGUGGAGAGCAAACCUUGCAAGGAAAUGGUGCUAUGACCCCAACUGCUUUGUGGACCACAAAAUACAUUGGGAUCCUCAACAAAGCAAAUGGGCAGUUGGCAGACUUGACCCGUAGCUUCUUUUACUCCAAUUUGGCCCUUAAAUGGGUUUCCUUCUGUGCCCAGAUGCCACCCAUUUGGAGAAGGGAUUUUUGGAGGGGGGGGGGGGGCUUUAUAUUUUCUCAUUGCCUUCAGGUAUCUUGUGGUUUACACCAGGAAAAUAAUAAUCCAUCGUGUAUAAGUGUGCCUUAUUCUUUUUAUACAUGCAUAUAAAAACCAGAGUCAUUCCA